UUUUGUUUCUCUUCCCACAAAUAACGUUCAUAUGCCUGAAGCUGUAGUAAAAGUGAAAGAAGGCGUUGUUCCCACGAAAGAUACAAGAAUAGUGUUAGCUGGUGUUGUCUCGGUGCCUCCCAUAGCCAUCGGUGCAUGGCAAUGGGGUGAUAAGCAUGUUUGGAAUUGGACACCUGAAGCCGAAAAAGAUGCCAACGAGGCAUUUGAUAAAGCGUUUGAAUUAGGCAUUCCAUUUUAUGAUACAGCCGAAGUGUAUGGCGAUGGUGAAUCUGAACGAGAAAUCUCUCGUUUCCGUCAAAAAUAUACUCAAGAACAAAAGGAACAGCAAAUUAUUGCUACAAAAUACUUUCCACAUAAGCAUCGUACGAACUUUCCUGACGUCCUUUUAUCGGCUUUGAAAGACUCUUUAGCCCGUUUGGGUACAAUGAACGUCGAUCUUUAUCAAAUUCAUGCAGCCAUUCAUCCUGUGGAGAUUGAAGUUGUUGCUAAUGCUUUGGCCGAUGCACAUGAAGCUGGUCUUGUUAAAACCGUUGGUGUGUCUAACUAUAGCAAGGAAGAGGUCCAACGCAUGUACGAUGCUUUAAAGAAAAGAGGUGUUCCUUUGGCUUCUAACCAAGUUUGCUUUUCCCUUAUUCGUACAUUGCCUGAAAAGUCUGGCUUAAUCAAAUUAUGUCAUGAUCUUGGUGUAGCCAUUUUGGCCUAUUCUCCUAUUGGUAUGGGUAUCUUGACUGGUAAAUUUGGUUCCAAAGGCCCUUGGCCAGAAGGUCGUAAGGAAACUUUUGACUCGCUUGAUACAGAUCAACUGGAAAGAUUAUUAAGUGUUCUAAAGGCAUUGAGUGAGAAAUAUCAACGUCCUCAAAGUGCAAUUGCCCUUAAUUGGUGUAUUGUUAAGGGUACUAUCCCUCUGGGUGGCGCUCGCACGGCUCAGCAUGUGGAGCAAAACCGCAUGGCACUUAAUUUUAGAUUGAAUGAUAGUGAAGUAGCUGAAUUGGAUAAACAUGCUUUUGAAGGCACAACCAGUGAAUGGAAGCACGGAUAAGCGUGGAUAAAUCCUCUGUUAUAUAACAGAAAACUCUAAGUUAUAUGGUAAUUCUUAAGUCAAAGGAAUAAAAAUGACCACAUCAUUCAAUAAGAUUGACGUUUGGACAAUAAACACGUACGGAAGAACCGAUUGCUGCCGUUAAUAACCAUAUGGUAGUUGUAAAAUAAGCUGAAAGCCAUUCACUAUUAACAACCAUACGAGUGAAAUUAACGGAUGCGAUUCUUUUGAUACUGGCUAGAGAGCUAUCUCGAUUAUAAUCUGUAGGCACUAAAUUUGAAUAUACAGUUGACAAUUAAUAGAAUGGUCGAAUACAGUUUAUUAACUUUAGAUUUGGACAACACACACAAAAUUUUUAGACGAUAAGGAAAUUAAGUUUAAGCG